AAGUGUCCACUCCAUAUAUACACCACGAACAAAUCGAAUAAUCAGUUAUUGUCCUCUAAAGACUGACAUACCAAUAAUUAGUUUCAACUUUUGAUCUCUCUUCAUGCUUAGUCAUAUUUGUUACCCAUCUUGUUUAGUCUUAUUCAUUACUCAUAUAUGCUUUUCCCUUUCUUAAUACCAGCUUGCCCUACAAAGUCUUGGACACCCCCAAAGGUGGAUAGUACCGAUGGUUUACUUUGUUGGCUUCUUUGCCCGCAUGAUCGCUCGACGCAGGUUGUCUGGUGAAAUCAGAAGUGUGGAGAUCAUACUCAACAAAAUCUCAAACAACCGAAAGUACUGCAGGCUUGAGCAUAAACCAUCCAUGGCAAUAACAUUUUCCGCCAUGGCCAUUGCAGCAUGGCGGGAUGACCUGGAGAACGCUGUGGGCUUUGGCAAGGACAUCACGAUUCUCAAGGGGAUGCUGGCCCCUCAAAAUGAGGGUGGUUGCCACCCAAUGUUCAUCUCCAUAGUUGGGGAGAGUGGUGCCGGAAAGAACACACUCAUCAAAAUUAUCUGUCAUCAGAUAGGCACAGAGAUGGACAUUUUAAUCAGGUACGACAUGCAGCCAGGUUGCAGUGGGGAAGAGUUCCUUACAACUGUGUACCGAAUGGCAUUGCGGCAGUUGGCCGAUCGCUCUCAAGAUCAGCUGGUGGUGGAAGAACAAGGUACUGACACCGGUGACAAGCUCCGUCACCUUCUGGCUGGAAAGAGGUACCUGUUGAUUCUGAGCGGCAUAUCCUCCAAAACCAUGCUGAAUGGUGUUAGGGCGAGCCUGCCAGACCCAGACGUAAAUAAUGAUGAUGGCAGUCGUGUGAUGCUCAUAUUGGACACUGAAAAUGAAGAGGUUGCUUGGCAUGCUAAUACCCUGAACAAACCUGGCGUCGACGGAGUACACCUGCUGACCCCGUUGGGUCAAGCAAGAAGUGGGCAGCUAUUCUAUUGGAAAGCGCUGAGGAAAGGACAAUAUGAGUUAUGGUUGUCAGCCUCCAAAAAGCGAACAAAUUGGAAGCGGGAGGAUGACCUGAAUGAGGAGGAAGAGGAGGACAGGAAUGAGAGCUAUCGUGAUUACGAUUUACAGGGACUCGUGUAUGGUGCAACGGGAGGACAUCCCAUGGCCAUAGUGCUUCUUGCCGGCCUUCUCCGAUUCAAGCAGAGGCAUGUGCAGUGGAAUGCAAUAAUGCAGCAGCUCAAUCAUGACAACUUUCAUACGCAGUCGCUGCCGGCCCAGCUGGGCAACAACACAAGAAGGUCCUUAGAGACCAUAUUUUGGAUGAGCUUCGAGGAUCUCCGGGACGACCUCAAGUCCUGCUUCCUCUACCUCGCUGCCUACCCCAAGGAUACAUGCCACGCUGCCGAUGAGAUCAUUCAGAUGUGGAUAGCGGAAGGCUUCAUCGUCAACAUGCAGUCGCAGCAUUGCAAGACUCUGGAGGAGGUGGGGCACGACUACCUCAAGGAAUUGGUCUUGAGAUGCCUUGUUGAGCUGGAGGAAGCAAAACCCGGUGGUGGAAUCCAGCUUGUGAGUGUUCACAGAAGCCUCCACGGGUUCCUGCGGAAGGAGGUUACCGAGUCUGGCUUCAUGGAGAUAAUCCAGGACGUCAAACAUGAUGUCCUCGAGGCAUCAUCGGCGCGGCGCAUCUCUGUUCAGAGUGACAGCAGCACAAUGUACACCACCCAGGCCCAGCAGAAAUUCCCUAGGCUGCGCUCCUUCAUAUGCCGAUUGGAUGAGAAGCAACACGGAGAAGCUGAAGCCCAACAACAGUGGGCAAAGAAGAAGCGUGUGCACCAUGAUAUCAAGUUUUUGCGCUGGUCCAAGUUCCUCCGUGUAGUCUCCAUCAAGGGGCUGGCGCUCGAGGAGCUACCAGCUGAGCUCGGUGACAUGAUCCACCUGCGGUAUCUGCACCUCCACUGUCCGGAGCUGUGCUUCCUCCCAUCUAGCAUUGUCAGAUUGCUCAACUUGCAGACCCUGGACAUAACCAACACCCAAGUGGAGGAGAUUGACAAGGAUUUCUGGAAGAUCAAGACGUUGCGGCAUGUGCUCGCAAACAGCCUCGCCCUUCCUGCAAUUUCAAUGUCAGUAGGCGUGGAAGAAGAUGAGGCUAGUGGUGAGCUACAGACGCUCCACGGCGUAAAGCCCGCCGCCUCAGGACCGAAAGAAUGGAGUCCGUUGGACAACGCCAUGACACGAAGCCUACGGUCACUGGAAAUGCAUGGUUUCCAGUAUCUGAAACAUGGAGGGCCUGUGUUUGACGCUGCUCUUCAGAACAUGCAUCUUCCUGGCCACUUCAGUCCGAAAGGUGACAAGAUCCCUUCAUGCGUCUUCACCGAGCCAAGCCUCCGAUAUCUCCACCAAUUUCUUCCUUGCUUUCAUAAAUCAAGGAAAUCAAAAGGUGUUACAAAACAGUGUCGCGAAGGAACCAAGGUUCAUGUGUGCGGGUGUGAUUUGUUGAUUGCCUUCUAUCUUUCAAAUAUUAUUCAGUGA